CCUGGCUGUCGCUCCCUUCCAGCCCCUGCCCUUUUAUUAGUGUCGGCUGUCCGCUGUGUGGUAGACGCUCCGCGAGAGGAAUACAACACUGACAAUGGGCCGCUUUAUGCCAAGCCCGCUGUCUCCCGCACGGGAUUCAUGUUAAACGGUCGGGUCGAUCCGUCGGUGUACCUGAGUUGGUCGUGAAUGUCUCUCACCAUGGCUAAGCGCGAGAGUGGCAGUACCAGCCCGGUGGUGCGGCAGAUAGACAAGCAGUUCCUGGUCUGCAGCAUCUGCCUGGACCACUACCACAACCCCAAGGUGCUGCCCUGCCUGCACACCUUCUGCGAGAAAUGCUUACAGAACUACAUCCCGCCUCAGUCCCUGACGCUGUCCUGCCCGGUGUGCCGGCAGACGUCCAUCCUCCCGGAGAAGGGCGUGUCGGCCCUGCAGAACAACUUCUUCAUCACCAACCUGAUGGACGUCCUGCAGCGAGACCCCGAGUGCGGCAGCCGCCACCAGGCCUCCAGCGGCCCGGAGUCCGUCAGCGCCGUGGCCGCCGCGCAGCCCCUGUCCUGCCCCAACCACGAGGGCAAGGUCAUGGAGUACUACUGCGAGUCGUGUGAGACGGCCAUGUGUCUCGAGUGCACAGAGGGCGAGCACCGGGAGCACAUGACCGUGCCUCUCCGAGACGUGCUGGAGCAGCACAAGACAGCCCUGAACGACCAGCUGGACACCGUCCGCAACAGGAUACCCCAGCUGACGGCCGCCAUCGACCUGGUGAACGAGAUCUCCAAGCAGCUGACGGACCGCAAGAACGACGCGGUGGCCGAGAUCAGCAACACGUUCGAGGAGCUGGAGAAAGCCAUGCACCUGAGGAAGAACGCCCUGAUCGCUGAGGUGGAGAACAUCUGCAGCACCAAGCAGAAGGUGCUGCAGGCCCAGCUGGCGUCGCUCCUGCGCGGCAAGGAGAACAUCCAGGCCAGCUGCAGCUUCACGGAGCAGGCCCUGAGCCACGGCUCGGCCACCGAGGUGCUGCUCGUGCAGAAGCAGAUGAGCGAGCGGGUGAGCGCCCUGGCCCGCCACACGUUCCCCGAGCAGCCGCACGAGAACGGCCACCUGGAGUGCCAGGUGGAGACGGAGGGUCUGCGGCGCUCCAUCCAGAACCUGGGCGUGCUCAUCACCACGGGCGCCGUGGGCCACACCAGCGUGGCCACGGGCGGCGGGCUGCGGCACGCCCUGGUGGGCCAGCCCACCACGGUGACGGUCACCACCAAGGACAAGGAGAGCGAGCUGGUGCGCAGCGGCAACGCGGCGCUGCGCGCCCAGAUCACCUCGGCGGACGGCACCGGCUGCCCCGACGUGGAGGUGGUGGACAAUAAGAACGGCACGUACGAGGUGGGCUACACGGUGCGCACGGAGGGCGAGUACAGCUUCUCCCUGCUGCUGUACCAGCAGCCGGUCCGGGGCAGCCCCUUCCGCCUGCGGGCCGUGAAGCCGUCGGACGUGCUGCAGUCCCCCGACGACGUCAAGCGGCGGGUGAAGUCGCCCAGCGGCGGCGGCGGGCACGUGCGGCAGAAGGCGGUGCGGCGGCCGUCCAGCAUGUACAGCACCACCAAGAAGAAGGAGAACCCCAUCGAGGACGAGCUCAUCUACCGCGUGGGAGCUCGAGGGCGGGAUAAAGGAGAGUUCACCAACCUACAAGGCAUCUCCACCUCCAGCAAUGGGCGAAUCAUUGUCGCCGACAGCAACAACCAGUGUAUACAGAUAUUUUCGAACGACGGCCUGUUCAAGAUGAGGUUUGGGGUCAGGGGUCGCUCCCCGGGCCAGCUGCAGCGCCCCACCGGCGUCACGGUGGACAUGAACGGGGACAUCAUCGUGGCCGACUACGACAACCACUGGAUCAGCAUCUUCUCUUCGGAUGGGAAGUUCAAGAGCAAGAUAGGCGUGGGACGUCUGAUGGGACCCAAGGGCGUGGCCGUCGACAAGAACGGGCACAUCAUCACCGUGGACAACAAGGCUUGCUGCGUCUUCAUCUUCCAGGCCAACGGGAAGCUGGUCACCAAGUUCGGGGCCAAGGGAACUUCAGACAGACAGUUCGCAGAAAAAUGCGGUGCAAACAUAGCACCGGAUCAAAAGCUUAGUAAAUCUGGCCCCGUCUUCAGUCCUCACUUUGUAGCAGUGAACAACAAGAAUGAGAUCGUGGUGACGGACUUCCACAACCACUCAGUGAAGGUAUACAACGCGGACGGAGAGUUCCUGUUUAAGUUUGGUUCCCACGGCGAGGGAAACGGCCAGUUCAACGCUCCAACCGGUGUUGCCGUGGACGCCAACGGCAACAUCAUCGUGGCGGACUGGGGAAACAGUCGCAUUCAGGUCUUUGACAGCUCAGGCUCCUUCCUGUCUUACAUCAACACGUCUGCGGACCCCCUGUACGGGCCGCAGGGCCUGGCCCUCACGUCUGACGGUCACGUCGCCGUGGCGGACUCUGGGAACCACUGCUUCAAGGUCUACCGCUACCUACAGUAGGGGCCCCUCACCUCGACCAUCACUAGGGGCCCCUAAGCUCUUCCAUCAUAAGGAGCCCCUUACUGCUAUGAUCAAUAGCCCCCCCCCCCCCCAAAUGAAUACCAUCAAUAGAGGCCCUUACAUUUACCAUUACUAAAGGCCCCUCACAGCCAUCAACAGUAGGGGCCCCUAAUUGCUACCAUCAAUGGAGGCCCUUGCAGAUAUUAACGCUCGGGGCCCCUUGCCGCUAUCUAGAGUAGGGGACCCCUCAAAGUCAACACCCCAUGGAGCCAUUAGAGCUACAAUUGCCAGAGUCCCUUUUCUCCAUAUCCAGUAGGGGGCCCUCAAAGCCACCGUCAGAAGAACGGCCUCACAGCCGUCUACAGGAGGGGCCAUUUAACAAUACCAUCGAAAGACACACACACACACACACACACACACACACACACACACACACACACACACACACACACACACACACACACACACACACACACACACACACACACACACACACACACACACACACACACACACACACACACACACACACACACACCAGAUCCUGUGCUAGCCUCCGGUGUGUGUUGGGUAGGGAGCGAUGGCGGUUUGUCCAGACUCGCAUUGAGCGUGUUCUAAACCUCGUAUUAAGAUCCGAGCCCAGGGGGGUGAAGACCGGCCGUGUAAAGAGUAUAAUGAGCCAUACCUUGUCCAUAUGCAUGACGUUUCGUUUGGCCCCGAAUGCCUGGGCGAGAACACACACACGCGCGCGCGCACACACACACGCGCACAUACUUUGACCCCGCUGGUCUGCUUUUACUAUAAACGUAGUUAGUGCCAUCAGUGGACCGAGCUGCGCUGCGCUUCGCUUUUACCGCAACGGAUCCACUUUGUAUAUGAAAAAUACAUAAUAUAUGAUGAUGAAAACCAACAACAUUACAUCUCGCUCUCCACAAGCCAUCUGUGCAUUGAUUUGCUGUAUGUACUGUGUAUGCAUAAAUGUAUAUUGUGUAUAUUGCUAUCAACUCCGUGUACACACACACACACACACACACACACACACACACACACACACACACACACACACACACACACACACACACACACACACACACACACACACACACACACACACACACACACACACACACACACAAGCGCAGCCUUUUGGAUAGACCACAGCAUUUAAAGACAAGUGUGUAUGGCAGCUGUUCUUAAGUGUGUUUUUUGAGAAAUGUACCCAGCACAUGCUUGCAGAGAAGUAGUGUUUUCAUAUUUAUUGCAAAAUCUAAACAGCACAAUAUUUUUUUGGGAUGUUUACAUUUUUCUUUAUAUUUUUUGGGGGGGAGAAAAAAAAAAAGAAAAAAAAGGGGGGCUAAUUUAAUUUAAUUUUUUACACUAGUUCAGCAUUUACAAAUUUAUUUUUCUAAUUUCAUAUCUUUUUUUUGGGGGGGGAAGCAUCAAACUUUGCGUGGUGUUGAAGCACGAAUAGGUGGAUGAGUUGUAGUUGCCACAGUCCUGUUCUAUUUAGAUCCCUUGGUUGAUGAUGACUUCCUAGGCUAAGCCCGGGGUGGUCCAACCCAUUAUCUGUGAAGCCACCAUUUUUAGAAGCUCCGAUAUCCCCGGAACUGUGUGGCUCAUUAAUUUAGUGCAGAUCUUUCAUACUUAAUUACUUCCACAAAUUGGAAAGACAAACAAUUUAUUUAUUUUCUCUUUACCAUGGUGGUGAAGAAAUUGGCUCUUCAUUGUGUACUGAUCUCAUUGUGGAUUUAUUUUCAAAUUUUGCUUUGUGGUCGAACGUUGUUGAAGAAAAUUUGGGUUGAUCUAAAGUGACCGGUAGACUUGUAGGAGAUGCUUCGCAAUGUAUGUUUGCUUCAUCAUCAGAACCCCUGUAGAUUACAACAGUUCAUCAUUUAUUAGAAGAGAUUAGCCAUCAAAUGCGCCGUCUAAUAUUGAUGGCAUUCAUGUAAAAUGAUGGAUUUCAGAGCUCCACAUUUCAUAAAUAUCUGUUUGCCUGUGUCAACGUGUUGAAUCACACCAUGACUGACGCCACAUGUCCCUCUGUCUCCCUCCGGUGUCUGUUUUGUGUAAUAUCCCUUGAGCGCUGGUGCCACAGCAGUAGAUGGACUAGGUACAUAUGAACCCAAGAGGUUGGUUGAUGGUAUCAACCGACACAACUCCAGUCUCUUAAAGGGCCCCUAUUCUACCACCGAGGGUAAUGAUGAUUAGUCAUUUAAACAACAACCCUAUACCCAACAGCCGACCCAGUGAAUAUUAUCUAACUAGCUAGGUAGAGGCCGAGCUAGCCAUCGCACAUCUGUGUGGACACGUCCAUUUAUGAUGUCACAAAUGGGUUGAUUUUGUAACUGCUUAGUUGCUAAUCAGUAUUACAGGGGCCCUUUGAAGCUGUUGUAACACUGUCUAAGCAGUGUUAUAUAGAGUACUGGCUAGCAUUUUGUACGUACCUAAUCCAUUCUGUGACUUGUUGCCAAACGGAAGCCUCACACACCUUUUUUUUACAGGUGUGCAAUUGGCUACCCAUUAGCCACCAUUAGCCCAACAAUAUUAUCAAGUGUUCUUUUACACUCUUUUAACUUGUGUCACACCGGUCCAAAUGAUUCUGUUUCUCUAUUAAUAUGCACUGGUAAUAAAAGCACAUGGUUUACGGAGA